AUGGCUACGGCAGGUGGCAUCUUUUCCAGUUUGCUGGUGGCAGCAGUAGCAUGCGGCGAGCUAGAUUUUCCCCCGGGAUUCCAAUUUGGAGCUGCUUCAUCAGCAUACCAGGUGGAAGGGGGCUGGAAUGCUAGUGAUAAAACCGAGAGCAUUUGGGACAGGUUUGUACACGAAAAGCCCCAUUUCAUAGCUGACCAGGCGACUGGAGACGUGGCUUGUGACUCCUACCGCCUCUGGAGGCGCGACAUCGAGAUGGCUUCUGAGCUUGGCCUGCACUUCUACCGCUUCUCCAUUGCCUGGAGUCGACUGAUGCCCAACGGUUUUGCCAACAAAAUCAGCGAGGACGGACUCAACUACUACAACAACCUGAUCGACGGACUCCUUGAGAAGGGCAUUCAGCCGAUGGUGACGCUGUACCACUGGGAUCUGCCGCAAAGACUGCAGGAUUUAGGCGGGUGGACUAAUCCCCUCAUUGUGGACUGGUUCGGAGACUACACACGCGUGGUCUUCUCCCAUUUCGCAGACAGGGUCAAGAUCUGGAUCACCAUCAAUGAACCCAUAGUGGUUUGUGACGCCGCUUAUAUUGCUAACACCAACGCACCAGGAAUAUAUGACCCUGAAGUCGGCAUUUACUUGUGCAAUAAUGUGCUAAUGGCACACGCGAAAGCUUAUAGGAUUUAUGACAAGGAGUUCAGAGCGAUGUACCAAGGUGAAUUGUCACUGGCUAAUCACCUGACAUGGUACGAACCACUCACCCCUGAAGAUGAGGAGGCGACGGAGAAAGUGAGGCAGUACAUGGUCGGUCGCUACUCCCACGCCGUGUACUCGAAAGAGGGCGGCUGGCCGCCAGCGGUGGAACAAGUUGUGGCUGAACUCAGUAAAGCUAAGGGUUACUCCGAGUCCACCCUGCCAGCGUUUACUGACGAGGAAAUUGAGUUCAUUAGAGGUACAUUUGACUACUACGCAGUGAACCACUACACGAGUCAACUGACGCGUACGGUGGACGACGGGUCGCCGGGGCUCAACGUGGAAUACGAAAUACAUCCUGAUUGGAAGCCCACACAGUCCUCGUGGUUUUAUGUUUAUCCCGAAGGUAUCCGUAAGCAAAUACUGUGGCUGAGGGAACGGUAUGGUGAUAUGAAGUUCAUAAUCACAGAGAACGGGUACUCCAGCUCAAUCGGGUUGCAAGACACGGAGAGAAUAGAGUAUUACAAAGAAUAUUUGAAACAGCUCCUUCUGGGCAUCAAGGAAGACGGUCUCAACAUCACUGGAUACACAGCGUGGACCCUCAUGGACAACUUCGAGUGGACGGACGGGUACAACUCGAGGUUCGGCCUCUAUGAAGUGGACUUCACGUCUCCAGAACGAACUAGGACUCCUAAAGCAUCCGCAGAGUUCUAUAAGAAAAUAAUACAACGACACUCUUUGAACGUAGAUUAACUAAUCAGCAGACCCUUACCCAUGCGUUUAAUAGCCGAUUUAUUUAUAGCCAAAACAGGAAAAUAAAAAUCCAUGGUUGCUUUACCGUUUUAAAGUUUUCAAUAGAAGAAUUUAGUUCUAUAUUUUGAUACAACAUGGCGCUGUUUUAAAUUUUUCUGGUCAUGCCUAUAAUUGCUUUAAUUUCAUCGAUAUAAUCAUGUUACAUCGAAUGAUAGCCCGUAGCUACAAUAGACAAAUAUUUAAGUAUCAAUACGAAAAAAAUUAUUAUUUGUUAUUUUUUGUAUAAAUAUUAUACAUGGCAAAAUAAAAUAUUAUACAUGGCAAACGCAUUAUCAAUUAUGAGUCCUAUUUUUGCUUUAUAUUUCAUGUAUAUGUGUAUAAUGUUUUCUUAUGUUACGACAUUAAAAUAAAACUAUUGUACUGAUAUUAUCACGAUCUUUAAUAAUGUUUCGAAGACUACAGCUUUCGAAACGUCAGGAGAAAAUUACAAUAUAAAACCCGCAAUAAAAUCCGCAAAAA